AUGUCUGCCGACGAGACGAAGCCGACGCGUCCUCGCGUCUUCUUCGACAUCACGAUUGGCGGUAAAGCCGCCGGUCGCAUCACCAUGGAGCUCUACAGCGACCUUGUUCCCAAGACGGCCGAGAACUUCCGCUGCCUUUGCACGGGAGAGAAGGGUCUGGGCAAGUCAGGCAAGCCCCUUCACUACAAAGGAUCUAGCUUCCACCGUGUCAUCAAGCAGUUCAUGAUCCAGGGUGGUGACUUCACCGAGGGCAACGGUACUGGCGGCGAGUCUAUCUACGGAGCGAAAUUUGAAGACGAGGCCUUUCCUUUGAAACACGAGCGUCCAUUCCUACUGUCCAUGGCCAACGCUGGCCCCAAUACCAACGGCUCCCAGUUCUUUAUUACCACCGUUGCGACUCCUCACCUCGAUAACAAGCACGUUAUUUUUGGCGAGGUUCUCAACGGCAAGUCCGUGGUUCGCCAGAUUGAGAACCUUCAGACAGCCUCGGGCGAUAAGCCUCUCAAAGACGCAGUCAUCGCUGACUGCGGCGAGCUCACGGGCGACGCUGCGCUUGCCGCCGAUGUCAAGGCCCCUGACGCCAUGGGCGAUACUUGGGAGGACUACCCGGAGGACUGUGCCUCCCCACCCGACGCUAAGCAGACGCUCAAGAUCGCCACCGAUUGCAAGGACUUUGGAAACAAGGCUUUCAAGGCCGGCGAUUUCCAGCUCGGUCUCGACAAAUACCAAAAGGGUUUGCGCUAUCUCAACGAGGAGCCUGAUCUUGACAAUGAAGAUGCUUCAGUCAAAGCGGAGCUUCAGGCUCUUCGGUUCUCACUCAACAACAACUCAGCCCUGUUAAACAUCAAGCUUCAGGCCUGGGAGGACGCUGCCAAGUCGGCCACCUAUGCCCUUGACAUUCCCGGCAUUAAGGACGCCGACCGUGCCAAGGCACUUUACCGCCGCGGCUUCGCCAGCGUUCGCCUCAAGGACGAUGAGAACGCCAUCAAGGAUCUUGAGGCUGCCCACCAGCUCGUUCCCGAGGACAAGGUCAUUCUCAACGAGCUGAACGCCGUCAAGCAGAAGGCGGCCGCCCGAGCUGCCAAGGAGAAGGCCGCCUACAAGAAAUUUUUCCAGUAG